AUGAAAAUUUGUAUAAGAUUAAUAUAUUUUGGGAAACAGAAAAAUUCGAAAUGAGUAUUGUAAGUUGGAGUAUAUCAUCUUUCAACUGCCCAGUGUUAGUGUGAUAUUCAUUUCACAUCCAUUUCUCCUUCUACACACACCGACUUUCACCAGAAAUCAUCUCAUGGCCACUGCACCUUCAGCAUCAUCAUCGCCGUCAACGGCUGUCACCGGCGACACAAACACCACCCCUCCGCCAUCUUCUUCGGCGGUUCCCGAUGCUUCCCCUUCUCCGUUCGCCGCCAUCGAGUUCCUCACUGUCUGUCACCACCUCAAGAAAACAAAGAGAGCAGGAUGGGUGACAAGAGAUGUUAAGGAUCCAGAAUCUGUAGCUGAUCACAUGUAUCGUAUGAGUUUGAUGGCUCUGAUUGCACCAGAUGUUCCCGGUCUAGAUCGAAACAAGUGCAUAAAAAUGGCCAUUGUUCAUGACAUUGCAGAAGCUUUGAUUGGGGACAUUACCCCCCUGGAUGGAGUUUCAAAAGCAGAUAAGAGUGAACGAGAACAAGCUGCACUUGAGUAUAUGUGCAAAAUAAUUGGAGUAGGAGAAGGAUCGAGAGGAAAGGAAAUUACUGAGUUGUGGAUGGACUAUGAAGCAAAUUCUUCUCCAGAAGCGAAAUUUGUCAAGGACCUUGACAAGGUAGAAAUGAUACUUCAAGCGCUGGAUUAUGAAGAUGAGCAAGGGAAGGAUUUGGAUGAAUUUUUCUGUUCAACUGCUGGGAAGUUCCAGACUGAAGUUGGCAAAGCUUGGGCAUCAGAGAUUGUAUCGAGAAGGAGUAAUACCUAAAUCCCCUUGUCAUUCCGAUUCAACUCUGGAGUUUAUGGAUUUCCCUCUCAAGAUGGAAGUGGAAAGGGCGAGAGGGCCCUUUUAAAACUUUGUCUCUCAAUUGGUUAAUGUAGCAUAUGGAGUGUAAAUUGGGAAUCCGUGGUGACGGAGAUCUCUUAACACUGCAAGCUGUACAGAUCACCAAAAUAGUAGGUGUGCAUGAAGCAACAUUGAGUAGAUGAUUUAGUUGUAUCGUUGUCUCAUAUUCAUGAGUCCUCAUUGACAUGAAGAAGACUGAAAAUAUUGAACCUUAAAAGUACAACUUUCACGAGUUCCAUGUGGGUUGGUUUUACUUACAUGGAAGUAGGUUGGGUUCCAAUAACCAUUGUUUUUGUUGUGCCUUUAGAUGUUUUUGGUCGUUAUUUUGACUUUGAAUGUUCAACCAUCUGCUAGUUAUGCAAUUCCAGUAAAAGUUCCCCUUUGGUGGUGCCAUGUUCAACCACGAGAA